AUGGCGGCUGUCAAUCGGAAUAUGUUUGACGCCAGCGUUACAACAGAUCGACCGCGCGGAGCGUCGUUGAUGGUUCUACCGUUGAAUUUGAUCGCGUCCAUUAUCUCCCACUUAGAAGAUCCUGGCGACCUUGCUCGUCUAUGCCGAACAUGUCGAGUCCUCAACUACAUGACGCUCCCGCAGCUCUACAAGAGCAUUACCCUGACAUCCUACGAUAGGAUCCGAUACCGUGGGGAUCAGCCGGAAGGGAUGGGAAGCGCAAGCCCUUUCUCAAUGGGCCUUAACGCCAUUAUCACCCGUCCUUACGCAUCGCUGGUUCGGUCGCUGACGCUCCGGGGAAACUGGCGGGAGUCGGAGCUGGAAGAGCAUGCGCGCAUUGGUCGGGUGACAGAUUCCUCCAUGAUGCUGAAUAUUGUGGUGCGGGCGGCUAUCGAUAAGAUGAAAGAGCUGGAGAGCUUCAGCUGGGAGCUCAAUACCAAGAUGCUAGAAACCGUCUACCUCGGGCUGGCGCAACAACCUAAGCUGACUUCGCUGACUAUACGGUUCCCCUCGAGCCGUCACCCUCGACCGACGAUCGUCAUACCUCCAAUGCCUCAUCUGCGGCGCUUGGAAAUCACCGAUAUCGACCCUCUCUGCUACCCAGACGACAUUUCGACUCUGCUUUGGAAGUCUAAGAAGUUGCAAGAACUCAACCUGCACUGGUCACCUCGAAUGAGGGAAGAGCAAGAGCCCAGCGUCAUGGUCCAUGACUACUUCCGCAAAUGCAUAUCGGCAAAGCAGCCUCUUCGAGUCAAGAAGAUAGGGCUUCGGAAUUUGUACGCUCUUCAUACCGAAGAGUUCAAUCUUGCGUUCGAUCAAACCAUAGUCGAAGAUGUCACCAUCCUUACUAAUGUCAAAUCGGACGACUGCAACUUCAUGAACACAUUUGUUGACAGUACCUGGCCGAUUUCUCCGCCUCAUAUCAUCAGGAUCAAGAGCAUUAGACAGGAUCGUUUCAAUAGAAGGCAUGCGGACUUCCUAGGGAAUUUCACUGGAUUGGAAAGAUUGUAUUUCGUCAAUGCAACGCCCAAUCCGAACGAUAUGAGAUCACCCAAGCACUUGGAAUAUCCAGCUCCGACCCCACCCUUUGUGGACCAUAAUCAUAACAACCCAGGCAGUGCUCCAGCCUAUACUCCCGACACCACCCCAUCUUGUUCUCCCGGAUUGCAGGCCAGCAUCCGUGAUGCCUACCUCAAUAACAUAAUCAUAAACCACGCUGCAACUCUACGACAUCUCUUGCUCCCUUCCUACUGGCCGCUAUCAUCAAAUACGAUUGCGCGUAUUGUUCACUCUAGCCCGCAACUUGAGCAGCUUGCUUUUGCAACAGAAUUUUCCAGCAUGGAGACACUAGGGCUACUGCUCCCAUUCCUCCGUAACCUAGUUGCUGUGCGCCUUUUAGUUCCAACCGGUGCUACGUCGUCGCCGCAGACGCCACGGCCACCGAAAGCGAGCUUGGGGCGCUUAUCGUCAUGUCCGGCGGAAGAUGUAUUCGCAUCCGCAUUAUCUCUCGCAGAUAUCGUGGAAGCCGACGACGAUAUCCUUAUUGAAAAGUUCUCUGAAUCGCUCGCGGAUCCACAGGUAUUCAGUCAGCUGAGAUUUUUCGGUUUCGGCUGGAAAGCAUUCGAGCUGCUGGACUACUAUACAAUCCCCGCUGUCCCUCCCCUUGAGCGUACCGUUGAAUCCCAAUCACAAUCCCCGGCCGAUCUAGUGGGCGAGGAGUAUAUUGACUCCAGCCCCAGUCUGUCAAACCCCGCCCCUAGGGCCAGCACCGAGGACAAGCCAGACUCCUUCGUUGCUAGGCAAACGAAGGCGAGAACAUGA